AUGGCGGUGCGAGAUUUUGGGCAGAAAGUUGACGUCUGCCGGCGCAUCAAGGAGGUUCUGAAGAAUUAUGAGGAGGGAAGCCUCUUGAAGGAGAUGGUCCAGAACGCCGAUGAUGCAGGAGCGUCCGUGUUCGACGUCCUCCUCGACCUCCGGACCCAUGGUUCGUCAGAGCUUGCGCUUCCCGGCACGGCGGCCUUUCAGGGUCCUGCGCUCGUGACGCACAACGACGCGGUCUUCGCAGACUCCGACCUGGAGAGCAUUCAGCAGAUUGGCGGCUCGCAGAAGGCCGGGUCGCGGUCCACCAAGACGGGGCGCUUUGGCGUCGGCUUCUGCUCUUGCUAUCACGCUACCGACCUCCCUUCCUUCCUCUCUCGAGACUUUCUCGUGGUGCUCGACCCGCACUGCGCGCACGUCUCCGACAACCGCUCCGAGCCAGGCAAGAUGCUCUGCUUCCUCGAGGACCCGAAGACCGUCGCCUCGAGCCGCGACACCUUCGAGCCCUACCGCGUGUUCGGAUGCAGCCUCCAGCACAGCUACCCGGGCACAAUCUUCCGGCUGCCACUCCGCACCGCCGAGCAGGCGGCCGCGUCGCGCAUCUCGGCGCAGCCCUUUGUCGGCGCGCCGGCGAGGGGCCUGCUGGACGCGUUUCUCGAGCUGCUCCCCGAGCUGCCCCUCUUCCUCACCCACGUGCACACCGUCACCGUCUCGGUCUGGGAGGCGGGCGCCGCGGCGCCGACCCUCCUCCGCUCCCUCUCGACACGCGACACCAAGUCGGGCGCGCCGCCGCAGCGCAGCCGCGUGCACGAGCUGGUCGCGGCGCGCAGCGAUCUGCGCAGCCUGACCCCGUCGCAGAGCAUCUCGCAGAUCGACGUGCGCGUGAGCGACUCCGCCGCCUCACCGAGCGCCGCUCGCUGGCUCAUCGUGCAAGGCAUGGGCGCCGGCCGCGCCCUCGAAAUCUGCCUGGACCCGGCGUGUGAGCGGUAUGGCCUCACCCCCAUCCCGUGGGCGGGGGUCGCUGCUCGCGUGAUGCCGAUUGGCCUAGCGACGGAGGGACGCCCGUACUGCCUCCUUCCCCUGCCGAGUGCGACGGGGCUGCCGGUUCACGUCAACGGUUUCUUUGAGGUCUCCUCCAACCGGCGAGACAUCUGGCACGGGGACGACACGAUUGGCGGCGGGCGCUUGCGCUCCGAGUGGAACAUCGCCCUGCUACAGGACGUGGCGGCCCCUUGCUACGUCGAGCUCCUGCUCUACGCGCGCAGCCUGCUGCACGGCCCCGCCUUCUACGCCCUCUGGCCGUCCUCCAAGCCUGCCGAGCCGUGGGGGUCGCUCGUCGCCGCCAUGUACCGCCUCGUCCUCGACCAGCCGCUGCUGCGCUGCGAGGCGGACGGCGGCAGCUGGCUCUCGGCGCGGAGCGCCAUCUUCGCCGACGGCGGCGGCUUCGAGCUGCCUGACGCGGCGCGGGAGCUGCUGCUGCGGCGCGGCAUGCCGCUCGCGGUGGUGCCGGCGCCGGUGCAGCGGCUGCUUGCGGAGGCGGCGGAGGCGGCGGGCCGCGCGCUCUCCGUCGCGAGCCCGGAGGCGGUCCGCGCGUGGCUGGCCGGCGACCGCCGCCUGGCGCGCGAGAGCCCGACCGAGGGCCAGCGGACGCGGCGGGAGGGCCUCGAGCUGCUCCGCCACUGCGCGAAGGGGCUGAGGGGGGAGGGGAUGGCGCAGCUGCGAGGCCUGCGGCUGGUGCCGCUGCGGUCGGGAGGGUGGGCGCGCUUUGGCGACGCGUCGAGCCCGCCGCUGCUGCUGAGCGCGUCCGCCGACGACGAGGGGCUUCUCCGCCCGUACCCGGCCCUGGCCGCGACGCGCGCCCGCCCCGGCGCGGCGCCGGCCUUCGCGGAGCUGACCCUGGCGGAGCGGCGGGCGGUGCGCGGCUUCCUCGCCGAGCGGCGCCCCGCCGAGGAAAGCGAGCUGACCAACGCCGACCUGGUGCCUUUCCUGCGCUCGCUGCCCAUCUUCGAGCUGCACCGCGCCGCGCCGCCGGACGGCGAGGCGGCACCGGCACCGGCGGGGGAGUGCGUGCCGCUGCAGCGGGGCGUGCACUGCGUGGCGCCGCCGGGCGUGCCGGAGUCGCUGCUGGCGGGCGGGCGCUUCGUGCGGAGCGGCUCCGAGAGCGAGCGCCGGCUGCUCCGCUUCUUGGGCGUCGAGCAGCCCGCCCGGAGCGCCUUCUUUCGCUCGCACGUCUUUGGCCGGCUGGCCGACCUGCCCGCCGAGGCGCGCGACGGCGCGAUGGUGUCGGUGCUGCGCGAGCUGCACGCGCUCGGCUCGGAGGACGCCGGCUUCGUCGACUCGCUGCGCGAGCUGCGCUUCGUGCCUACGGCGGGCGGCUCGCUGCACCGCGCGAGCGAGCUCUUCCAUCCAAAGGUGCACGCGGCGGCCGAGCUGCUCGGGGUGGAGGGGGCGUACCCGGCGGGCGUCUUCAGCGCGCCCGACCUGCUGAGCGCGCUGGAGCGGCUCGGGCUGCGCGGCGAGGUGACGCGCGGCGCGGUGGUGCAGAGCGCGCGGUCGGUGCAGGAGCUCUCCGCCAGCGACGGCGAGGCGGCGCUGCGGCGCGCGCGCGCGCUGCUCCGGUACGUCGACACCCACGCCGCGACUCUCCUCGCUCCUCGACCCACUCGCGGCAAGCAGCGCGGCAGUUUGAUGUCGAUGUUUGGACAGAGCGACGCCACCGCGCGAGAAGCCGACAUGGAGGUGUCCACCUUUGGCGAUGAGCUGUCGUCGAUCUCUUGGCUCCCCGUCCUAGUGGACCCGCCAGAGAGCUACCUGCCUUGGGACGCAUCGCAAACCAGCGUGGUUGCCCGCUCCGAUGCGGCCAGCGUUUCGCCCGUCGCUCUGCUGAUCCGGCUCGAGGCAGAGCACACGGAGGCCAACGCACUGGUGCUCUCGCUCGAUGACGGCGACGCCCUAAAGCAGCUCGGUUCCAUGCACUUGGUGGUGCAGGCGACGCACGCCGACGCCGUCGCAAGGCUCCUCCUUCCUCAAACCUGCCCCGAGGUCUGCUUCCACGCGCUUCAGAUCCUUUGGCGCAUGUUUCCUCACAAAGGGCACAGUGAGGACCUGGGCUCGAAGCACCUCGACACCGUGCUCGCCUCCCUCGCGAUCCAGCGAAACGAUCCCAAUGUUCAGUUCGCUGGCUCUCUUUACCUUGGUGGCUUCCUGCUCCAGGAUUUGAUGGCGGAGCGCGGGGCCGCUUCUGACGAGCAGCAUGACAAGGCCGCGGCCGCCGCCCUGCAGCAGCUGCAGUACCUCCAGGCGCACCCGGACAUCUAUGUGGGAGAAGAUGGCCACGGGGCCUGGCUGCAAGACCUCGCAUGUGCGUUCGCUGCGCUCUCUCACGCACGCCACGCGUGGAUUUACAAGAACGCAAUGGCGGCUCUCCUCGGCUACGCGACGAGCGAGGCUCCUGCGCCCGAUGACCGCGAGGCUGCGCUCCACAUUCUUCGGUUGGUGGACGAGGGGGAGGUGGACGAGGGAGGCUUCCUCAGCUCCCGCGGCUGGUUGGCCAGCCACGCGCUGCCUGCUCUCGGGGCGCUCCUCGAGGGCCCGGCAGACGAGGAGGAUCAGGACAACUCGCAGCUGAUGAAAAUGCUGAGAUACCUCCCGCGCUCGUCGGUCGCCUCGCACGCCCAAGCCCUCUUGGGGCGUCUCCGCGCGGCCAACGUCUCCGUGGCCAGCGCGGCCGGCGCCCUCCGCGGCCUCCGUCUUGUGGGCCCGCUGGCGGGGCACGGCUGGCUCGCAUCGAAGGCGGGCGAGGUCGUGAUCGACUUCUCCAAGCACUCGGACACCGACGUCCGCGACGCGGCCAUGGACUGUUUCCUCAUGAUGUCGCGCGAGCCGCCCGCUGCGUUGCAGCCGCUGGCAGCCCGCCUCCUCGCACAGGCUGUGCUCAAGCCGCCAGCGGGCGUGCGAACCCGCAAGGCGAGGGAAGUGGCGCAAGUCGACGACACGCGGCGCGCCUACAGCCUGAUAGUGCUAAGCGGGCUUGGCACAGACUUUCUCCUGGCGCAGGAGGCGUCGCUCGUGCCUCUUCUGGCCGACGCUUCCGCGACCGUACGCGCGGCGGCGGUGCGAGCGGUCGGCAUGCUCGGCACAGACUUCCUCCUCCAGCAGGCGGCGUCGCUUGUUCCGCUUAUGGCCGACGAGUCCGUGACCGUGCGUGCAGCGGCGAUCCAAACGGUCGGCCGCUUCGGCCCUGGCUUGCUGGCGCAUGCGCCAGCUCUGUGCGCCUGCCUCGAGGACUCGUGGGAAGCUGUGCGCAUGCAGGCCCUGCUGGCAAUCUGCGCCUUCAUGGCUGCGUGGGACGAGCCCACUGUGGCGGCGGUCGUGCGCCGGCUCGGGGACGCCAGCGAAGAGGUCCGCCUGACGGCUGCGCAAGCCAUCAGCGAGCGGGCGGGCGGCGACUUGCGCGUCGCUGAUCCCGCUGGGCUCGAGCCGCACGUGGACGCCAUCGCCACGCGCCUCGGCGACCAGUGCGCGCUGGUGCGCAUGUGGGCUCUCGAGACGAUGAUGGCGCUGCUGCCGCCCAGCGCGCUCGCCGCCCACACGGCCGCCAUCGAGCAGUGCACGACACACGAGGACAAGGACGUGCAGGCCGUCGCCAAGCAAGUGGUCGCCACGAUCGGAGGCCGCCGGUCGCCAUGGCCAGCCAUCGACCAGCGCGGCUCGGGGCUUGCGGAUAACGACGAGCAUGACGACGAGUGA